CUUGAUCUUCAUACAUCUUCAUACAUCUUCAUACAUAACUCUGAGGAAUAUACUUCCGAGACAGCUCAAUAUUUCAGUCCCCAAUAUCUCGCCUCAAUUGUGCGCAGUGUCGCUAGAAUCCGAUCUCUUCUACGACCCUCGGUUUCAGAUACACCCGACCGAGAUCGCCAUGGAUGCUUAUGCUCGCUCAUCAUCGCGCCCUCGGCCCUCUUCUCGACCCACGACUCCUUUGCGACCCAGCUCACGCUCAUCUUUCCGCGAAGCUCAUGGAUAUGGAAGCAGUAUUGGUAAUACAGGCUAUACCCAACCCGCCAUCAAUGCGCUGGAACCACAAUUCGCGGAACUCGCAGACUCGAUGGCGGACUUAGAAGCCAACUUCAUGCAUCUCCAGUUGAUGCAUGAGAGCUUGACGCGAUUCAGCGAGAGCUUCGCCAGUUUCCUGUACGGAAUGAACAUGAAUGCCUUCUGCGUGGAUUUUCCGGAGGCACCGAUUUCUGAAUCAUUCCGGAGGGCAAAACAAGCAGAAUCGCAAAGUGCAGCUGAAGCGGAAGCCGUGCAAGCGGUUAACGAGGCAGAAAUGACCUUCAUGACUACGGAUACCUCGUUUGUCGAAAACCCACCCAGCAUCGUCUCCACCAAGCCUACCCCGAGAAUUCCGGCUCCUCCGCGCGGAUCUACGAGAGGAUCUACAAGAGGGACCACCAGAGGGGCAACUAGAGGAACGCGUGGUUCAACAACUGGACGGUAUACAACGCGAGGCUCUAGCCGAGGGUCCCGGCCCAGCGCAUUGCCCCGCGGAAGAGGUAUUCGGUGAGCGCAAGGGAUAGAGUCUGUGGGUAAGAUAUGGCGAAGUAUACGCUGUAGGAAUCUGGGUAUAUAGGGCCUGCGCUCUGAAAUGCUGGUCCACGAAAGACUUUCGCAACCGUUUGCGCUUCUGAAGGGUCCGCGUGGUCAUGAACGCGAUAGACUCACCAGUCAACUUACAUGAAAGGAAUGAUAGCGCAGGGCCUGCGGAGCAGAUCGCAUCAAUUUUAGCAUGUUGAGCAAUGCCGGAUGAAGAGCGAGCGCAUCUGACAGCCAACUCCGCCUGGACCUUAGACUGGUUGCUAGGGGUCAUAUGUGGAUAUACUAGUCUUGGGAUAGC